GAAACUGAAAACCUGAAAAACCGAAAAUCCAUCCUCUCUCUCUCUCUCACUCUCUCUCUCUGUCUCUGUCUGUCUGUCUCUACCCCCUAUAAAUACCAGAGAUGACAGUCAGCAGCAGCUAAACACUUCCCUUCUCUCUCCUCUCUCUCCUCGCAGAAUGCCGGAGAGCAUCGAUGGCGGUCCAAACCCUAAUCCUAGCAAAUCAGAAAGGCCUCCUCUCCUCAAGAAAUCCCGAACAAUUUCCGAAACCCGAUCUUCAACAGCUGCCGCUGCUGUCCGCCGCAUCUCUACAUCUCCUCCUUCAUCCCACCGUCUCUUCAGCUCCACUGCUGAUGAUUCCUUCGAGAUCCGCGACAAUGGAUUCUCCCAUCGGGACUGGACCUUUCCGUCCUUCCUCGGCCCUCAUCCGUCGCGGAAUCGGACCACGGUUAAGCUGGCCAAGUCACCGAAGGCGAAGAUGGAUUUGCCUCCUUUGCCCCCUCGCCGUGUACAGCUGUCUCCGCCACCACUGUCCGAUGCUGGUCAGAAGGUUUCGGAAGAGAAGCAGAUGGCGGAAAAAGAAGAUGUGAAACUAGUUAGAUCGAUUUCUUCUUCUUCUUCAGUGCCUCCAGCGGCGGUGAGGAAAAUUCGUCGAUUCAACAGCUUACUUAUCUUUUCUUUGCUCGUUGUUACAUCUGUAUUAUCUAUGUCGUUUGCAGCUUAUCUGUGGAUCAAGGUUGCAGAACUAGAGGCGGAGAUUAUUAACCUUCGUCGAUUGUCCAACAGAAACAACGUUGUUGUUCACGAUGAUGUUGAAGUUUUGCAGCUUGAUGAUAACAAUUCAUUUUUCUAUUUCAGCAACAUUAACAGUAGAAAUAUUGCCCUGUACACUGUAGUGAUUGCACUUACGGUACCAUUCUUGUUAUUUAAGUGUCUUGACAAUCUUCUCCAAAUAAAGACUUUCUAUAUGACGACAAAGAACAGUGAGGAGGAGGUUCCCUUGAAGAAAAGGAUUGCAUACAGGGUAGACGUGUUUUUCUCUGUUUAUCCAUAUGCGAAGCUGCUUGCUCUUCUGUUUGCUACCAUUCUCCUUAUAGGUUUUGGUGGGUUAGCAUUGUAUGCAGUUGGUGAUGGUAGCAUUUCUGAGGCCCUCUGGCUUUCAUGGACUUUUGUAGCAGACUCAGGAAAUCAUGCAGACAGAGUUGGUACUGGUCCAAGGAUUGUCUCGGUUUCUAUAAGUUCAGGGGGCAUGUUGAUAUUUGCAAUGAUGCUCGGUCUUGUAUCUGAUGCGAUAUCAGAGAAAGUGGAUUCCUGGCGGAAGGGGAAGAGUGAAGUUAUUGAGAGCAACCACAUACUCAUCCUUGGGUGGAGUGACAAAUUGGGAUCACUUCUCAAGCAGCUAGCAAUUGCAAAUAAGAGCAUUGGUGGUGGUGUAGUCGUGGUGCUUGCAGAGAGAGACAAGGAAGAAAUGGAGAUGGACAUAUCAAAGCUAGAAUUUGACUUUAUGGGAACAUCUGUCAUAUGUAGAAGUGGCAGUCCUCUUAUACUGGCAGACCUAAAAAAGGUUUCGGUGUCUAAGGCACGUGCCAUCAUUGUAUUAGCGGCUGAUGAAAAUGCAGAUCAGAGUGAUGCUCGAGCUUUGAGGGUUGUGCUGAGCCUCACUGGAGUAAAAGAGGGUUUGAGGGGUCAUGUUGUGGUAGAGAUGAGUGAUAUUGACAACGAGCCUUUAGUGAAGCUUGUUGGAGGGGAACUCAUCGAAACAGUUGUUGCUCAUGAUGUCAUCGGGCGUUUAAUGAUACAGUGUGCUCUCCAACCAGGCCUUGCACAGAUAUGGGAGGAUAUUUUAGGGUUUGAGAAUGCUGAGUUUUAUAUCAAAAGGUGGCCUCAAUUGGAUGGCAUGUGCUUCAGCGAUGUACUGAUUUCAUUCCCUGAUGCAGUACCCUGUGGAGUUAAGGUUCAUGCAAAUGGUGGGAAGAUCAUCAUAAAUCCAGAUGAUGACUAUGUUCUAAAGGAAGGUGAUGAAAUUCUGGUCAUAGCUGAAGAUGACGAUACAUAUGCUCCAGGCCUUUUGCCAGAGGUGCACUGGAGUUUUCUUCCUAAUGUUUUCAGUCCUCCAAAGUUUCCAGAGAAGAUACUGUUCUGCGGUUGGCGUCGUGACAUUGAUGAUAUGAUCAUGGUUUUGGAGGCAUUUUUGGCUCCAGGUUCAGAAUUGUGGAUGUUUAAUGAAGUUCCAGAGAAAGAAAGGGAGAAAAGGUUAAUUGAUGGUGGACUAGAACUUUUGGGAUUAGCAAACAUAAGGCUUGUGCACAGAGAGGGAAACACUGUCAUCCGACGCCAUUUGGAGAGUCUUCCUUUGGAGACAUUCGAUUCUAUUUUAAUUCUUGCUGAUGAGUCUUUGGAGGAUUCCGUUGUGCACUCUGACUCAAGAUCUCUUGCCACCCUUCUCCUCAUUCGUGAUAUUCAGUCCAAGCGUCUCCCAUACAAGGAGGCAAAAACAAGUACUCCGCGGCAUGCUGGGUUCUCUCACAGCUCUUGGAUACGUGAAAUGCAGCAAGCUUCAGACAAAUCAAUAAUUAUCAGUGAGAUCCUGGAUUCCAGGACCAGAAACCUGGUAUCUGUGUCGAGAAUUAGUGAUUACGUUCUGUCAAAUGAGCUGGUUAGCAUGGCACUAGCGAUGGUGGCUGAGGACAAGCAAAUCAACAGGGUUCUCGAGGAACUCUUUGCAGAAGAGGGAAACGAGAUGUGUAUCCGUCCAGCCGAGUUCUAUCUGUACGAUCAGGAAGAGCUGUGCUUUUAUGAUAUAAUGGUCAGGGCUCGACAAAGACGGGAGAUAGUGAUCGGUUAUCGCCUUGCCAAUGCAGAGGGUGCCAUAAUCAAUCCCGCACUCAAGAUGCAACCAAGGAAAUGGUCCCUCGAUGAUGUUUUCGUUGUCAUAUCCCUUGGUGAAUGAAUUUGUGCAGAGGAGAAACGUGGUAAGAUCACCCAUGCGGCCCAUUCUGUUGUAACUGUUACGUAGUCAAAAUGGUAGGCAUCAAUGUCAUAGUACUAAUCCUAACGCAGAUGAAGGUUCAAGUCUGUACAUUUUGUGUUUCAGCUAAUCCAUGCAGAUUAUGGUGCA